AUGAACGGAGUGACAAAAACCAUCAUCACGGCCAACUGCUUAGCUUACACUGCAGAGUCCGCAAAGAACAACGGCGUUACUUGUAGUUUGAUUUCUGAAUAUGAAGGAAGCCAUGAUCAGAUGGCGAUCAUGGCACCAGCUGGACUAUUCGACUGGACUGGUGCAAGGGGUCAGCACUGCUGGCCAAGCAGAGUGAAGCUGUUCCCGAGACUAGAGAUGAAGACGGCUCCUGGUGGCUACGUGAUGGCAGCUUCUGAGUACCUUCUGUGUAACCCCAGACUAUCCAUGUGCAGGACCCAGACAGCUGCCUCGUCUGUCCAGCGGUCUUCCUGUCCACCUCAGACGAUACAGCAGACUCUCAAGAGGACCCUGCAGUAUUACGAGCACCAAGUUAUUGGUUACAGGGAUGCAGAAAGGAAUUUCCACAAUAUCUCCAACAGAUGCUCCUAUGCAGACCAUUCCAACAAAGAGGAAAUUGAAGACGUCUCAGGAAUUCUUCAGUGCACUGCUAAUAUACUUGGUUUGAAGUUUGAGGAAAUCCAAGAAAGAUUUGGCGAGGAGUUCUUUAAUAUAUGCUUUGAUGAGAAUGAGAGAGUCCUUCGAGCUGUGGGCGGCACAUUGCAGGAUUUUUUUAAUGGCUUUGAUGCUUUGUUGGAACACAUUAGAACUUCUUUUGGAAAACAGGCCACUCUGGAGUCGCCAUCAUUCCUAUGCAAAGAGCUCCCCGAAGGCACUCUGACACUCCACUAUUUCCACCCUCACCAUACUGUGGGGUUCGCAAUGCUUGGGAUGAUUAAGGCCGCAGCCAAGAAGAUCUACCGGCUGGAUGUGGCGGUGGAGCAAGUUGCCAAUGAGAAGCUGGGCUCUGAGGCUUCGAACCCGGGCAACUGUGGUUGUCUUACUUUCCUUAUCAAAGAAUGUGAAAACACCACCAUCACGAAGAACCUUCCCCAGGGCACCUCCCAAGUUCCUGCGGACCUCAGAAUCAGCAUCAGCACCUUCUGCAGAGCCUUCCCUUUCCACCUGAUGUUCGACCCCCACAUGUCCGUCCUUCAGCUGGGGGAAGGCUUGCGGAAGCAGCUUCGGUGUGAUGCUCACAAAGUGCUCAAGUUCCAGGACUGCUUCGAGAUCGUGUCUCCCAGGGUUCAUGCCGCCUUUGAGCGGGUCCUGCUGCGCCUGUCCACCCCAUUCGUGAUCAGGACCAAGCCCGAGGCUUCUGGCACUGAAAACAAGGACAAGGUGAUGGAAGUCAAAGGACAGAUGAUCCAUGUCCCGGAGUCGAACUCCAUCUUAUUCCUGGGCUCUCCGUGCGUGGACAAGCUGGACGAGCUCAUGGGCCGAGGGCUGCAUCUCUCGGACAUCCCGAUCCAUGACGCCACCCGGGAUGUCAUUCUGGUUGGUGAGCAGGCAAAGGCCCAGGACGGCUUGAAAAAGAGAAUGGAUAAAUUGAAGGCAACUUUGGAAAGAACUCACCAGGCCCUUGAAGAAGAAAAAAAGAAGACAGUCGAUCUUCUGUAUUCUAUUUUCCCCGGUGACGUCGCCCAGCUCUUGUGGCAGGGGCAGCCCGUUCAGGCCAGGAAGUUUGACGACGUCACCAUGCUCUUCUCGGACAUCGUUGGCUUCACAGCCAUCUGUGCCCAGUGCACCCCCAUGCAGGUGAUCAGCAUGCUGAACGAACUGUACACCAGGUUUGACCACCAGUGUGGAUUUUUGGAUAUUUAUAAGGUGGAAACAAUAGGUGAUGCGUACUGUGUUGCUGCAGGACUCCAUAGGAAAAGCCUCUGCCAUGCUAAGCCCAUUGCUCUAAUGGCACUCAAGAUGAUGGAACUUUCAGAAGAGGUGCUGACACCUGAUGGAAGACCAAUCCAGAUGAGGAUAGGCAUUCACUCGGGUUCCGUGCUCGCUGGAGUUGUUGGCGUGAGGAUGCCACGGUAUUGCCUGUUCGGAAACAAUGUCACUCUGGCAAGCAAAUUCGAAUCCGGAAGUCACCCUCGGCGCAUCAAUGUCAGCCCGACCACUUACCAAUUAUUAAAACGGGAAGACAGUUUCACAUUUAUUCCUCGGUCCCGUGAAGAGCUUCCAGAUAACUUUCCAAAGGAAAUCCCUGGGAUCUGCUAUUUCCUGGAGGUAAGGACUGGUCCUAAGCAGCCAAAGCCUUCUCUUUCUUCCUCGAGGAUAAAAAAAGUUUCCUACAACAUUGGCACCAUGUUCCUCCGGGAGACAAGCCUCUGAGACCUACCGCAGAUCAAAGACUCCUCCAAAAAGCACAAGCCCAGAACAUUGGGUCAUGACAGGAGAGUGGAAUGAGAUGGUUUCUCCUUCACUACUUGGCUGAGAACAAGCAGCGGAAUUUCUGUGUUAUGUUAGGCAAUAAUCCUAGAAAAAGGUGGAUGAUGACUGUCAAUUAAAAAAAAAUGGAGGGGGGGUAAUGAGAUGUGUCCAUCCAUGUGAGUGUUUUUUGGUCAUAUAUAUAUAUAUACAUAUAUAUUUUAAGUACGGGCCCCCUUCACAACUAAUAAAUAGAUUCCAUGUUUUCUUGUUUGUCACACAUACAACUAUCUUUCCCCACUUAUCUGUAUCACUUUUGAGAGCCAUUUUUGAUGAUAUAUUCCUACAUUUAGUGAGUUGGUAUGUGAGGACUAUUUUCUAAUUUUGUUUUUCUGAACAGACAUUUCAUAUAUACGUCAUGGCAGUGUGGUCAACUUCCCAGCAGGAAGAACUGUAACUCAGCAAAAUAUUUUAGGGAUAUUACCUAUUUUUAUACAUCUCUCUACUAGAUAAUUACAUUUCACACAACAUUACUCGAUUUUCAGAAUCUGCUACUGUGUAGUUGGUAUAUUUAAUGUAAC